UCCAAAAACAAGCUUUCCGCGUCCGACGGUGCGUGCGGACAUGAACAUUCCAUUUCGACGCACGCACGAAUUCCAAAACUCAAAUCUUUCCAUGCACCCAAGGCUACGUCUACGUGCACCACAGGAGAGGGCAACAAAUCCUUAGAGUACUCUCUUCAUGCUUAAGACGAUCGCGAAUCCAUCGACAACUCGAUCUUACCCUCACAUGUCCGCACAUACCUCCCCUGCCCUGCCCUGCCCAGUCGCUCUCCUAAUAAUUCUCUCUUCGUCACGAGCCGCCUCGCGCUCCGACCGUCGCUAACCCACCGCAGCAAGAGAGUUAAUCGCUGCUAGCUUGCCUCGUGAUCGAUUCGUCGGCCGGUGGUACAAAAGCGCCGGGGGAAAGGUGGCCUCGCCUUUCCCUCUCCUUGUCUUUGUGGAAGAUGCUGCUCUUGUGCAAGAGCUCCGUGCUCGCCGUGCUGCUGCUCCACGCCGUCUCGCUGUCCGCCUCGGCGCUCGCCGUCGGGCUCGCGCGGCGCCACCGGCGCGACGUCCUGCCCGGCCCCAAGGGCUGCGACGUCUUCAGCGGCAGCUGGGUCCGCGAUGUCGACGGCUCCGCGGCGGAGGGCUACACCGGGUACAAGUGCCCGGUCAUCGACGCGGAGUUCAACUGCCAGCUCUAUGGCCGCCCGGACUCCGACUACCUCCGGUACCGCUGGAAGCCGGCCAGCUGCGAGCUACCCAGGUUUGACGGCGCCGACUUUUUGACGCGGAUGAAGGGGAAGACGGUGAUGUUCGUGGGGGACUCGCUGGGCCGUAACCAGUGGGAGUCGCUCGUCUGCCUGCUGCACGCCGCCGCGCCGCAGUCGCCGUCGCAGCUCGUCUCCGCCGACCCUCUGUACACCUACAGGUUCAUGGAGUACGAGCUGGUGGUGUCUUUCUACCGCGCGCCGUACCUGGUGGACAUCGACGUGGUGCAGGGGAAACGGGUCCUGAUGCUCGACUACAUCGCCGAGAACGCCCAAGCGUGGCGCGGCGCCGACGUGCUCUCCUUCAACUCCGGCCACUGGUGGACGCACACCGGCGCGCUCCAGGGGUGGGAUUACAUGGGGGAGGGCGGGCGCUACUCGGAGGACAUGGAUCGGAUGGUGGCGUUCCAGCGCGGGAUGACCACAUGGGCCAACUGGGUGGACCUCAACGUCGACCCGGCCAAGACCCGUGUCUUCUUCCAGUCCAUGUCCCCCACCCACUACAGCUCCAAGGAGUGGCCGAAUCCGGUGUCCAAGAACUGCUACGGGGAGACGGUCCCGUUGGCUGGGCCCAAUAACACGUCGCAGCCGAUGGGCCAGGAGCAGGUGACGAAAACGGUGCUGCAGGGGAUGAAAAGCCCGGUCCGUUUGCUCGACAUCACGGCGCUGUCGGCGCUGCGGAAGGACGCGCACCCGUCAGUUUACAGCGGCGACUUCUCGCCGGCGCAGCGCGGCAACCCCGCCGGCUCCGCCGACUGCAGCCACUGGUGCCUCCCGGGCCUACCCGACACCUGGAACCAGCUCUUCUACACCUUGCUCUUCUACCAAUAGCAACCGUACUGGACUAUUGCUGCAUUUGGCCAGAUGCUGCAGAUGCAGUGCUGGUAUUAAUCGUUUCCCUCUGAUUUUUCGCUGUGGAUGCGUUGUGCGAGCAGUAUAUGCAGACGGGGUUGAUAAGGUUGUACAACCUCUGAAUGCCAACCUGUAGCCCACAUUGUGUGUUGCAACCUAAGGGAAAAAUUGACGCAUACUUCUUUA